AUGAACGAUCCUCCACCGAUCCUCCGCCCCGUGAGGAUCCCCUCCGGAGGCCAGUCGCCUUCGAAACUACUUCGGCCCUCCAACGAUAUCCUCGUACACAUUUCUCCCGCCACUGUGGUGGAUGCGCUGGCAUCGCCUACGGGGCCUCUGAAGGCUUGUUUAGAUGGCGCUUCCAACGCGGAGUGCGAGUUUGCCAUGCAGACGGCAAUCUCAUUCAAGAAGAUUUGGGAAUGGACACGUGAGCUGAAGGAUUGGUACUGGCCGAACCCGGCUGGGCCAGCGGGCUUUGAGGUCUCGAGCGCCAGGCGGAAACUGGACUGGUUGAAGAGGUCUGACGCGGAGCCUGCAGGCCAAGAAUACGUCGGAUGUGUCCGAGCGGACGACAUCGCGCGAUACGAGGAGAGAAUCGAGGUGAUCCAGUAUGAGCUCGAGGCUCUGUCCGUGGACGACCUGAAGAGCCAUGUCAUGAACAACCAUAUCAUGCCACUAUCGAGGCCCACAACCCCAGCAUCUAUUCGGUCUGGGUUCUCAACAAUGUCGAGUUAUGUCAAGAUGGAGGAUCUUACCGCGGUGGUUACAGCUAUUGUGAUACAAACGCUUCCAAUCCUGGCCCGGCUGAAUCAGCUUCUUCGGCUCUGGACUAUCCGUCUCGCGGUUCUUCACAGAAUACCGGGGCUUUUGCUGGACUUGGAAGACGCUGAGGCCGCUUUGAGUUCAGGGUGGAAUGUCAUUGCGCCGCCAUCAAACUCGUCUUUGGACGAUGGUGGCAGCCCCAGGGGUCCCAACUUGACGCGAUCCGAUUUCAAUGUUAUGAAGGUCGUGGUCGAGAAGAAAAUCACAAAACCAGGUUCGAUAUUGGAUUAUAUGUUAGAUCGUUUGGAGGGUAUGCCGGAUACGCUACCUGAAGAGUGGCUCGAUCGCAUGGAGGCCCUUGAGCAAGGAUACGGCGAUUGGGUCGUGGCUUGUGAGCACAGGAUUCAAGAGAGUGAAUGGGGCCAUGUUAAGCGGCCAGCCAGCCAUCUGGUAGAACAGGAAGCGAGCGUCAGGACAGCAGAUGCCAGCCUCCCUGACAAAACUCCAGCGCUCCCUGCGAUUGAUGAACAGGUCUCUUCGAUUGCGCCUCAUAAGGAUGGUUUAGAGGUACCCUCUGAACUACCCAGGGCUAGAAAACUUCCUCCCCAAUCUCUGGAUGCGUCCAGCUCGCGGGAUGCUAGUGUUUCAGAUGAUGUCACCGCAGACUCGCCGGAAAAUGCUGGCAAUCAUGUUCUUAGCCCAACAGUCAAGAUUCAGCCGCCCGAGGAGGAAGUUGGACUUGGGCUGGGAUUGCGGUUGGGCUUAGAUGGCGUUCGUGAUGGCCUGGCACCUCAGCCCUCCCGAAGGCUUGCAGCUGAUAUUGCGGCUACAACCGCCUCGGAUAUGACAGACACGGAAAGACCAACUGCUCCAUUGGCACCCUCACUACAUGCGUCUACCGGCGUCGAAAAUGUAGAAGUGGAUGAUGAUAGCGACGAGCUUUCUCAUCCGCAGCCCUCGGGUCCUUCGGAGUGGUUUGUGGACCCUGAGUUUGAUGAAAUCGACGAAGGACUCCUAAGUCCUUGCGAGGAAGAGGACGAAGAACUAGAAUUGCCGCCACUCCGGAAUGAGACAAGACGCGAUAGUGUCUCGUCUAUGGGAUCGACAGUCUUGCACGAUACCUCGAUGCGUUUCGAUGGCAUGUCAAGUGACUUUCCAGAGGUUUCUGCCUCACCCGGGGUUGCCAAGUCUCGUGUCCGCGAGGCGGAAUAUAUCGAGGCUAGCCCGCCUAGUUCACCGCCAGCUCCCAAGACAAGCUCGAGAGAAUUACCCGAUUCGCCCCUUGACGAUUCCAGGUUGGACGAGUAUGACAACUAUGAUGAUUCAAUGCAGCCAAGGACCCCUGUUGAGGGCUCCUUUUCGGAAAGCUUCUUCGAUGAUUCAUAUUCAGUAUCCGAGGCAGCAAGCCCAAUCAUGCGUCGAGAGAGUCUAGGGGCUCAGCACCUUCACCAGCAGAUCAGCCAGAUCAUCGACCGCAUCCCAGCGAAGAUAAAACUGACAGAGAAGCCUCCCAUCAACCUGAACCCCCCUGACCUCCAGCUUCCCAAGCUGAGGAAGAAGCCAUCCAAGGAGCCCUUUAACAGGUCGAGGUCGAGCCUCUCAUCGCGAACAGCCUUGUCUCGAAAUGCUACACCAUCCUUUACCCUGUCUCCCGCCAAGACUACCAGGCCGAGGCAGUCAAAAGGCCAGGAUAUCAAGGUCUAUCACCUCGCAAGAUCUACUGGGGAAGCUCCUAUAAAGCUUUCCAUUCGGUGCGUUGGUGAAAGUGGCGAACGGGUCAUGGUCCGCGUCGGUGGUGGGUGGGCUGACCUGAGCGAGUAUUUGAACCAAUACGCCAGCCACCAUGGCCGCCGCUCUGUUGUAACAGAGAAUACAAAGGUGGAAGUACAAGAUCUUCCCCGGGCGGCGAGCCGUGGACCAGAUAUCGGAUCAAGCCCACCUUCCCGCUCCGUUUCAGCUCUUGAAGCACCCAUGUCACCGUUGGCUGUGCGCAAGACACGUAGGAGCGUUGGGUCGACCACCAGCGAGGCGCCACGACUUCGUCAAUCCACCCCUGGCCUGGCGUCGAGGAGAUUUGACGAAAGUGCGGUUGCUGAUGAUUCAUUCAACCGCUCCAUGACGAACUCACGCAUGAGUUGGCGCGAGGAAGAUAGCUCGUUCCUGGGGCUUGCUGGUCCAAACGGAAAGAAGGUGGAGAUGAGCGAAGAGAGCAAGGCCUGGGUAGAGAGCGUGAAAGAAAAGGUCAGGCUGGCGAGCGGCGAAAGGAGAGUGUCUGCACAGGACGAUUACAGUAAAAAUAGAUUCGGCGAGCUGGGUAA